AUGGACAGAGCGACCAGUAAAAUGUCUAUCCGGACAACUGUGUCCACCUCCAGUCGUUUAUCACGAGGGACGUACCGCGGGGAAGUGACCCACCUCAAGAAUUGUUACGUCCACCACGACGAAGACCUGAUUCUAAUGUGCAAGAGCUGCAUCAAACCUAUAUGUCUCGUAUGCUCCAACACCGACCAUCACCAGCACGAAAUCGAGGCUCUGCCCAAAUAUAUCAGGCAUCAGAGGAGCGUUUUACAAUCCAAGUGUCGCGUUAUUAGAGAGUCCCAGCUUCCAAAAAUCCGAGACGCCAUCUCUUCUAUUAACGAGGCCACAACGAGGCGGAUCCAGGCCAUCAAAGACCAAGAACACAAACUCAUCAUGGCCGUUACCCAAGUAGCACAGAAACUGUUGUCAAAGUGCAGACACAUCGCCAAAUUACAGAAGACGAGGAUACUGGAACUGAAGGCCCAUGCAUCUGAUCUUAAAGAAUUCACAGAUUCGGUGGAGAAAAACACCGGGGAUUUUACCGACUCCGAACUAGUCAGUAUGGUUCAAAAGUACAACGCUUUACUCGGCAAAACCAAACAGCUAGACUCUCCAGAUGAAGCAAGCUUGAUGAAGUUCCAGAAAGGUGACUUACAGAUAGAUAAGUUGGAAUCUAUGUUUGGAUUUAUCGACACCAGUGAGUACGAUAAGAAAAUGCUCAUGAGGUAUAGAGUUGAAGAACCUGAAAAUAAGUUCCAUGUGAAGGAGAUUGGAAUCUUCACCAACGGCUCGGAGGCCAUAACCUCCCUGUUCCCAGUGUCCCCCACUAAUGCUUGGCUCUACAGCGACAAUUCCCGCCACAACAAGGAAGUGACGUUUAACGGGGAACUAAAACAUAUGAUGGAGCUAGGGGCGUACUCACGCGAUUUUUUCGUAGGGGAUGAGGGUAACCACGUAUAUGCAUGCACGGACAAAACCGUGAGAACAGUGUCGGUCGAGAAAGUAGAUAUUCUUUUUAGUACCAAGCCAUUACUUCCUUUAUCGCUGUGCAAAUCUGGCCCUGGGGAAAUUUUACUUUCGUUGGUGGACAAUCUAUCGAACUCUCGCUCUCGUUCUAGUACUCGUGUAGUGCAAAGAAUGACACUCUCAGGUCAAGUGAACGCCACGUAUCAGUACGAAAACGAUGGGAAAACGCCACUCUUCACAAAGCCAUACCGAAUAGCGCUGUCUAGUCAUAAAGACAUCAUCGUAGCCGACCAAACAGGAUCUCAUUCUGGAAGGCUCUGUGUUCUGGACUUGGAUGGACGUGUUCGAUUCUUUUACGAGGGGAAAGGCGGAAAAAGGGAUUUUAAACCCAGUGGCGUAUGUUGUGACGUAGAAAAUAACGUGAUUGUGGCGGACAGCGCUAAUCACACCAUUCACAUUAUUAAUCAAGAUGGCGAGUUUCUGCGUUACCUACUGACAAAGAAAGAUGGACUUGUUUACCCUUUCUCCGUUGCCAUGUUCAGAGAUGUACUGUGGAUCGGAGGGUACUACGGCCUUAUAAAGGUGUAUAAGGUCAAACACAUUAAAUGA